AUGCUCAGAUAUUCUCACCAGAAUAUUCUCUCGACCGUUACACUCAGAGGACGAAACAUCCAGUUGAACGGCAAUAAAAUUUCAUCUAAUCAAUCAGACCGGUUCGAAGACUUGGUGUCGUUGACGAUGAAUCAAGCUGCCCUUGAAGCGGCGAGCAGUUCUAGAAAAUUCUCUGCGAUAAAGGCCAACUGGACCGCACUCACGAGUCUGUACGUUCUGGCUCAGUGCACUCCUGAUAUUAGAAAACAAGACUGCUUGAGCUGUCUCUAUGAAUCCAUCUACGGAAUGCCUCUUAACAGAGUUGGAGGAAGACUUAAUCGGCCAAGCUGUAGUGCAAGGUACGAACUUUACUCAUUCUACAACGAAACCGCCGUUAGAGCACUACUACCACCAUCACAACAAGCACCGCCACCACCACCUACCAACGUCUCUACUUCUCCGGUGUCAUCUACUCCACGACCUGGGAAAGGUGGGAAUUCAAACGUAUUAGUAGUAGCCAUCGUUGUGGCUAUUAUAGUUGUUCUGCUUUUCAUAGCUGGCUACUGUUUCCUUGCAAAGAGGGCAAAGAAGACUUCUGAUAUUGCACCAGCUUUUAUGGGUACAUUUUGGAUGGGACUGAAGUUGCGGUUAAGAGACUGUCAAAAACAUCCAGGACAAGGUGACACAGAAUUCAAGAACGAGGUUGUUGUUGUUGCAAAGCUUCAACACAGAAAUCUUGUUAGGCUUCUCGGAUUUUCUCUUCAAGGAGAAGAAAGGACCCUGCCAAGCAAGGUCAACUGGACUGGCAGACUCGACGAUACAAGAUCAUUGAAGGGAUUACUCGGGGGAAUUCUAUAUCUUCAUCAAGAUUCACGGCUCACCAUCAUACACCGUGACCUCAAAGCAAGUAACAUUCUCUUGGAUGCUGACAUGAAUCCGAAAAUCACUGAUUUUGGAAUGGCAAGGAUCUUUGGAAUGGACCAAACACAAGAGAACACAAGCAGAAUAGUUGCGGCAAGAAGAAUAGUAGCUUCUACGAGACAGGAUGGUGUACAUGAUGACUUGGUCACAUAUGCAUGGAGACUUUGGAGUAACGGUACAGGGUUAGACCUCGUGGAUCCAAUUAUUGUAGAUAAUUGCCAGAGGAAUGAAGUUGUUCGAUGCAUCCAUAUCGGUCUUUUAUGUGUUCAAGAAGAUCCUGUUGAUCGUCCGACCUUUUCAACCAUUAUUGUGAUGCUCACUAGUAAUACUGUGACACUACCAGUGCCUCAGCAACCCGGAUUUUUCGUUCAGAGUAGACCAGAGAGAGACCCGCUUGAUACAACAGAUCAGUCUACUACAACCAAGUCUGUUGCAACGUCUGUUGACGAUUCAUCCAUCACUGAUUUAUAUCCUCGUUGA